AUGUUGUUGCUGCUCAACGCCUUCACAGCUCAGGCAUGUAUAGAUGCCGGCGAUACGGAGGACUGCAAGGAAUAUAAGGCGGAAGGCAAAUGCAAGGAUCCAUCCAUGCAAGGCUACAUGCAGGCAUUCUGUGCUCAAACAUGUCAGAGGAAAAGGAAACUUGUAGAUCGAGAAGAAGAUGCCUGGGCCAGUAAACACGAAUGCCUGAAAAAGCAGAAAGCGUCCACGCUUUAUCUUGUGGAGCAGUUCCAAGCAGAUGUAAACACUGGUCAAGCGAUUCAGAUGAUGACAGAUGCCGGCGAUACGGAGGACUGCAAGGAAUAUAAGGCGGAAGGCAAAUGCAAGGAUCCAUCCAUGCAAGGCUACAUGCAGGCGUUCUGUGCUCAUACAUGGGCACCUAAAGCUGGAGGAUACUACUUCAAGAUCCUUCCUCGCAAGUUCACACGAGGUCUCUGUAAAUGA